CGGACUGCCAUCCCGGACGAGCAGGGUGGUGCACUGUGGCUAGACAAUGGAGACGGCCUGGACACAAAGCCCGAUCGGCGGUUCUGCCCUCGGGGCCAUUUUUACCUCAGACCAGGACAUGUACCCCUGGGUCUCGGCCUGGCCAGAACUCUCGAUUUGUUUCUCAGCGCCCGCGGCCCAUCAGCCCGAAACAUCCGGGUCGCCGCAGCCGCCACUUGCUGGAGUCAUCGUCGUGCUGCCGCUGCGCCGCGCGCAUUGGGAAGACCUGCUCGUGGGCAGGAUCAAAGAGGCCGACAUCGAUGCCGAAACCAUGUUUCCAGCCAGGCUCGGAGUCGGAGUCAGAGAUAACCGCCCACAUCCGGCAGAAGAGGGUGGGGAAGAGGUCGGCCUGCACGUCUUUCUCAUCGAGAGGUUCGCCCACCUACCAGAGGCGGGCCACGUGUCUGCCGUUGGGACAGACAUGGGUGCAACAAAGAAGCGCUUCGCCGAAUUUGCCCUCGACCAGGUUGCGCGCCGCGCUGCAGCCAUAGGGAGGGGGGAACGACGCUGGGGCAUCGCAGGCUUCUCAGGUGAGCCGAGCUGGUGGUUUUCUUUGCCCGUCUAUUCUCACUUUCUCCCCGCUUUCUCUUUCUCUUUCUCUUUUCCUUUUUAUCUCCCUCUACCUGAGCACAUUCCCACCCUUGUCUUGCGGCCAGGAAACCCACACUGUAGUGUCCCGCUGUUGCUAACCACGACGUGCAUCUCUACCCCCUAGCCCUCACCGCCACGCCUGCAGGCAAAAAGACGUUUGAGCGGAUGGGUUUCACGCCGACGGGAUACAGAGAAAUCCUCUUUUCACGGUUCAAAGCGAAACCAACCGAAAACGAUAGGGAAGUCCCUUCGAGCCAAGAUACUAUCGAAAUGCUCUGUCUGUACCCUGGAGAUCGGACGGGCGAACGUCCGGUGGACGUGGUCGGCAAGGACUGCACCAUUGUGUCGACUUAGACCGCUCGGCCAUAUUGCCUGUUGCUUGGUUGGUGGAAAGUUGGUGUGGAAAUGCGAG